AAGCGAAACUAAACGACGGAAAGGGAAGAGGGAGAGGCGGGCCCAAGCAGGAUUACUGCAAGACGCAGAACCGGACCUUCUGAUUCCCUGCGCUCGCCUGGCAAUCGCUCUCGUUCCUCGGUAAAGACAACACACCCCCAAUCGCUCUCGUUCCUCGCAAAGGGCCUUGCUGUUCAAUGUCGACUGGCACUGCAGCGGCUUGGAUUUCAUCCUUUGAUGGACGAAGAUCAUCUGAUAAUUCCGGCUUAAGCUUCAGAUGCAGGACUCCAACGAUUGGUGCUCUUCAAUCAUUUUGGCAUUCUAGUGGGCAUUACCUGGUUGCAUCCAAGAUUCAAGUCGCUGCGGAUUACUCAGAUUCAGCGGCAGAUUUUUCUAAAUACGUGGGAAAUGAACACUGUCAUCCCUUGGAAGAACUAAAAUGCUAUGGAAAAGGUGACGACGUACUGCUUGCUGAUUGUGAAAUAGCUAGAACAACUGUUGAGGCAAAUAGUAAGGCAUUGCUGGUUUUUCCAGGAAGGGCACAUUGUGAACCUCAUCGACAUAUCUCAUGGGCUGAAGCUCACUAUGUUAUAGAUGACUAUGGAGAUAUGUUUUUUGAACUUUUUGAUGACGAAAACAUCUUGAAAGAACACAGCUCAAGCAAUCCUGUGAAUGUUCUAAUUGGGAUGGAUUUUCCUGUCCAUGGGGAGAGCAGAUUGGAGAGUGAUAGCUUCUUUGACUACAUGGACAAUGACAUUAUCAAUGUCGUGCUUGAUGAUGAUUAUGAAGAGAUUGUUGACACAGAUAUAACUGAUACUCUUAUAAAAUGGGGGAUGCCAGAAACCUUGCGCCAUAUUCAUCCUAUUUACUUUGCGAAGUUCUUGGCCAAGUCAUUUCAUUCGAAGCAUAAGGAUAAGAUGGAUUAUCCAACAAACGGGCUUUCCAUCAUGGGAUAUCUUCGGCCUGCAUUUGUUGAUGAGGAAUCUUAUCUUUGGGCAUUAUUCCAUAGGGAAAAUGAUGACGACUAUGUAUUUGAUUGGAGAGAUGAAUCAGAGAAGGAAGAGGAACAAAUGGCUGGAAUGCAUGGUUUAAUAGAUAGAGAAAUAUUGAACUUCAGCUCUAGACAAGAUAGAAGCAACUUAAAUUCAACCUUUUAUAAGUUGGAGAUUAUGUCCAUGGAGCUCUUUUCUGUAUAUGGUGACCAAUCAACUAUUAAUUUGCAAGAUUUCCAAGAUGCAGAGCCUGAUGUUCUUGCACACUGUGCCUCAGCAAUUAUGCAACGUUUUUGUGAGGAUGGCAAGCAGUUUGUUGCUGCUCUUAAAGCUCUAUGUCGAAAGAAGAAGGGCCUUGUAGUUGAGGGGGCAAAUAUAAUUGGCGUUGACAGCCUUGGCAUCGAUGUCAGAGUAUUCUUUGGGUUGGAGGCCAAAACUAUUCGCAUUUCAUUUAAUGCUCGGAAAUUUGGUUCAUCAUCUGGCCCGAAUCAAUCCAGAACCAACAAAGCACUAUUGAUGAAUCUUUUACCUAAAAUGGCGACGACUGAAACUUCAGCAGAAAAGAAAAUCAGGAGGAUGCUUUUCCCGCAUUAUCACCGCAAAAAAUCGAGAUCCCCCGGCAUUGGAGUAGAGACAUGAUCAAGUUCGUGUUAAAAACAAUUUGUAUAUUACAGUUCUUGCAUAGGGUCAUGAAAUAAGCUCCAGAAUUUGAUCUCAUAUAAGGUUUAGGAUAGUUAGCUAAGACAAUUCUGGUAAGAAGAGAGACUCAUCAAAUAACACAUCAGUUGAUUUAAUUGUUAAGGUUCUGUAAUUUUUUCUACCUCAUUUUAUUUAUGAGAGAUGGAGAUUUCAGAUAUUUCCAUAUUGGUUUAGGAAUUUGUUUGUAUGCCCUAACUGGUCAUCCAUUGAUGUUGCAUGUCAACAAAUAAAUGAAACCAUGGAGCUAGUAACAAUUCUUUGUUCACAAAUUUUUUUU